AGCAGAGAAGCUGAUGCGAGUAGAGCUCACGGACGUUCACGUUUUCUCGAAGAGGUGUGAGAGAACUUGGAUAAAAUGGCACAGUUCGGCUUUGAGAACGACAUCCAUAGUAUCCUGAAACUGGAUAUGCCCAUCACAAAUGCUCCGAUGGCGAGGUGGCAGAGGAAGGCCAGCUCCUCAAACACGUCCGCCUUGAGCGCUUUGUCGCCUGGAAAGUCUGCUAAUGCAUCCAUGAGUUCAUCGAAAACACCGAGUAAAACCCCAGGCAAAAAUAAAAAACAAACACCGUCCAAGAUGGGAGGCGACCGCUUCAUUCCUACAAGAAACGGCAAACAAAUGGAUGUGGCAAGCUUCCUCCUCACUAAAGAAAAUGACCCUGUUGAAGCAAAUAAUACAGCGGCAUCAUCCGAAAGCCAGAAAGCCUGGUCUAUGUCACUGAAUGGAUACAACAUUGAAGAUGCAAAGAUCUUACACCUUGGAGGGAAGCCGCUGAAUGCUCCAGAAGGUUACCAGAACAACUUGAAAGUCCUGUACAGUCAGGUUACAACCCCUGCCUCCUCCAAGAAGACAAGAUACAUAUCUGCAACUCCUGACAGAAUUUUGGAUGCCCCUCAGCUUCGCAAUGAUUUUUAUUUAAACAUCCUUGACUGGAGCAGUAACAACAUGCUUGCUGUGGCUCUUCAUAACAAUGUGUACUUGUGGGAUGCGACUCGAGGAGACAUAAUUUUUCUUAUGAAGAUGGAAAGUGAGGAGGAUUAUAUCUGCUCACUGUCCUGGACCAAAGAGGGAAACUAUCUUGCUGUUGGAACCAGUGACUGCAAAGUUCAGUUGUGGGAUGUUGAGCUGCAGAAGCGCCUGCGCAGUAUGGGCAGCCACACAUCUCGAGUUGGAAGCCUGAGUUGGAAUGAUCACAUUCUUUCUAGUGGUGCUAGAUCCGGACACAUCCACCAUCAUGAUGUGAGGAUGGCAGAGCAUCACAUAUCCACACUGACUGGUCACACACAGGAGGUGUGUGGGCUGAAGUGGUCCCCUGAUGGGCGAUACCUGGCCAGUGGUGGCAAUGACAAUUUGGUGCAUGUUUGGCCCCGUGUGCAGGAGGGUGGAGCUGGCAAUGAAAGUCAGGCAGUCCGCUGCUGGAGUGAACAUCAGGGAGCUGUCAAGGCCUUAGGUUGGUGUGCUUGGCAGCCAAAUAUCCUUGCAACAGGAGGUGGUACCAGUGACCGCCAUAUUCGCAUCUGGAAUGUCAACAGUGGCUCCUGCGUGAGUUCAAUUGAUACUCAGUCCCAGAUAUCCUCCUUGGUGUUUGCACCUAACUACAAAGAGCUUGUUUCUGGACAUGGAUAUGCUCACAAUAAUGUUGUUGUUUGGAAGUACCCCUCCCUCACUAAAAUUGCAGAGCUCAAUGGUCACGAGGACAGAGUUCUCAGCCUGGUUCUGAGUCCAGAUAACUCCACCAUCGCUACUGUUGCCGGAGAUGAAACCAUUCGAAUGUGGAAGAGCUUCGAAUUGGAUCCUGUGAAGAAGAAGGCUAAAGACAGGGUGGCCAAAUCGACCAGCGGUGGUAUUCACCAGUCAAUCAGAUAAUCUACUGUGGCUUUUGGAGUUUUUGUUCUGAUUCUGAAUUAAUUCUUUUAUUUAAUCACAUUAAAGAUCUACACCCAGUGUUUUAGCUGUAACUUACUGUUCCUGUACAUGGUUUAAAAGGUUUAUUGCAACUGUUUAGUCUGCUAAUAAAGAUAAUACAACACCUACAGUGAAGUUUUAUCAUGUGCAACUGCUGCAGAGGACCGGGUUGUAAAUAAAUGGCUUGUGUAAUGUUUUUUUUUUCUGUACUUUUAUUCCAGUGUUUCUGAACUCAAGACUUUACA